GACAUGAUUGACAGCUCUUCGAACCAAAGGAAGCGACGUCUUUUCCGGUGGGGGCGGGACUCCUGAAGAAAACUUGCGCUCUGAGUGGAGGCGGCGGCACAGCGCUUAAUGAGGGUCACACAACAGUAAUGAAUGGAAAUACAGCGGAGCCAAGAAAGUUGAGCAUCUAGAACUAAUACAGUGAGUGGGCAGAUGAAAAAAGUUAGCUCUAGGAGGGAAAUAAAAUCCGUUUGAAGUUAUGGAUUGGCCGGCUAAACCAGGAGCUGCGAACUGGAAGAAAAUACAGCUGUAUUUUUAUAGAAACUUUUGAUUUUUUUUCUUUUGAAGGGGAAUUACGCCUAAAACUCACAGUUCUGGGUAAAUAAAUGGCAUUUUGCGACGUUAAUUCGAAACUAUUCAGCUUUUUGCCUUCGAAAAGUGGAUUAUUUGGAUUCAUCCUUGUAUGAAACAACUGGAAUACUUGGAUAUCGCUUGGAUUUUUACCACAUAGACAGUUGUAGCUGACAGCAAAACUAUGGGAAACAUAGAAAGUGUAGACGGACAGUCGGAGAUGAAGCAUCACAUCAUGCCUCUGAAGGUGCCCAUGCCUGACCCCACCGAGCUGGAGGAGAAGUUCGCCAUUGUUUUGAACUCAAUGAACUUGCCUCCAGACAAAGCCCGGCUGCUACGACAAUACGACAACGAGAAGAAGUGGGAUCUAAUCUGUGACCAGGAGAGGUUUCAGGUGAAGAACCCACCGCACACAUACAUCCAGAAGCUCAGAGGAUACUUAGAUCCUGGAGUCACACGAAAGAAGUUUCGUAGGCGUGUUCAAGAAUCUACAAAAGUCCUACGAGAGCUUGAGAUAUCUCUGAGGACAAACCACAUUGGGUGGGUGAGGGAGUUCCUCAAUGAUGAGAAUCGGGGUCUGGAUGUCCUGGUGGAGUACCUCUCCUUUGCACAGUGUGCUGUCAUGUUGGAUUUUGAUGGGCUGGAAAAUGGGGAGGAGGGCUUCUUGGACAAAGCGAAAUCUUGGAGCAGGUCCAUAGAGGAUUUGCACCAUUCGAGCGCGCCGCCGUUCUGCAACACGCUGGUGCGCUCCGCCCGCCAGUCUGUACUGCGCAGCUAUGGAACCAUGUCCAGCAGCAGAACCAUCAAAAACUCGCGGCUCGUGAGUCAAAAGGACGACGUGCACGUGUGCAUCAUGUGCUUAAGAGCCAUCAUGAACUAUCAGUACGGCUUCAACAUGGUCAUGUCUCAUGCACAUGCUGUCAAUGAAAUCGCUCUGAGCCUGAACAACAAAAACUCCCGGACAAAAGCCUUGGUCCUUGAGUUACUUGCUGCCGUCUGUCUGGUCCGAGGAGGUCACGAGAUCAUCCUUUCAGCGUUUGACAACUUCAAAGAGGUUUGUAAGGAGAAGCACCGCUUUGAGAGACUGAUGGAUUUCUUCCGCAGUGAGGAGGGCAACAUUGACUACAUGGUGGCCUGCAUGCAGUUCAUCAACAUCGUGGUCCACUCAGUUGAAGACAUGAACUUCCGAGUCCAUCUGCAGUAUGAAUUCACCAAGCUGGGACUGGAUGACUAUCUGGAGAAAUGCAAGCAUACAGAGAGCGACAAACUGUCCGUGCAGAUCCAGGCUUACCUGGAUAACGUGUUUGAUGUGGGUGGCCUGCUGGAAGACGCAGAGACCAAAAAUGCGGCCCUGGAGAAGGUGGAGGAGCUGGAGGAGCACCUGUCCCAUGUGACAGAGAAGCUGCUAGAAGUUGAAAAUGAAACAAUGAUGAAAGUUGCAGAUUUGGAGAAAAUUCUCCUCCAUAAAGACAAAGAGUUGCAAGUUGUACGGGAGACGUACGAGUCGACCAACACCCAGGUCCACACCCUGAGGAGGAUGAUCAAGGAGAAAGACGCGGCAUUCCAGAGGCACUUCAACAUCGAGAGGAGGCUGCUGGAGCUGGAGCAGCAGGGCACCAUCCGGCUGCACAAGAAAGCCGACGGGGAAAUCACCAUCGAGCCUCUGGGUGUUGGAGGCAGUGGAUUUGGGAUACCUUUAGGGGACAUUGGACAGUUGUCUUUGGGUUCGACGGCUGUACUGACACAACCAGGAGGACCGGACCCCAGCUUACCACCAGCCAGCGAAGCUCCGCCUCCCCCUCCUCCUCCCCCACCUCCACCUCCUCUGCCGUCUGCUUCAGUGCCCGCUCCACCGCCUCCACCUCCACCUCCACCCCUUGCACCUCCUCUGCCAGAUGCUUCCCCGUCUGUCAUCCUCAGCCUAGGACUGUCAGCUAUCAGGAUCAAGAAGCCAAUCAAGACCAAGUUCCGCCUGCCUGUUUUUAACUGGACGGCUUUGAAGCCCAACCAGAUCAACGGCACCGUUUUCAAUGAGAUUGAUGAUGAGCGUGUGCUGGAGGAGCUGGACCUGGAGAAGUUUGAGGAGCUGUUCAAGACGAGAGCACAGGGUCCAGUUGUAGAUCUUUCCUGCACAAAGAACAAAGUCGCUCAGAAAACUGUCAAUAAAGUCACCCUCCUGGACGCUAACCGCUCCAAGAACUUAGCCAUCACCCUGAGAAAAGCCAACAAGACCACAGAGGAGAUCUGCAAAGCGAUCGAGAAGUUCGACCUGAAGGCUUUACCUGUGGAUUUCGUGGAGUGCCUGAUGCGUUUCCUUCCCACUGAAGCCGAGGUGAAGGUGCUCCGUCAGUACGAGCGCGAGCGGCGCCCGCUGGACCAGCUGGCGGAGGAGGACCGCUUCAUGUUGCUGUUCAGCAAGAUCGAGAGGCUGACGCAGAGAAUGAACAUCAUCACGUUUGUGGGGAACUUUGGGGACAACGUCAGCAUGCUGACGCCGCAGCUCAACGCCGUCAUCGCUGCCUCUGGCUCUGUCAAAUCCUCACCGAAGCUGAAGAGAAUGCUGGAGAUAAUCCUAGCCUUGGGGAACUACAUGAACAGCAGCAAAAGAGGCUGUGUUUAUGGAUUUAAACUUCAAAGUCUUGACUUGCUGCUGGACACUAAAUCCACAGACAGGAAGAUGACUUUGCUUCACUACAUCGCCCUCAUUGUGAAGGAGAAGUACCCCGAACUGGCCAACUUCUACAACGAAUUGCACUUUGUGGACAAAGCAGCAGCAGUCUCUCUGGAAAACGUGCUGCUGGACGUUCGAGAGCUGGGCAAAGGCAUGGAUCUGAUCCGGAGAGAGUGCAGUCUCCACGAUCAUUCCGUCCUGAAGAGCUUCCUUCAGGGCAGCGAUGCACAGCUGGACAAGCUGCAGAAGGACUCCAAGGCAGCCGAGGAAGCCUUCAACAGUGUGGUGAACUACUUUGGAGAGAGCGCUAAGACGACUCCACCCUCCGUCUUCUUCCCUGUGUUUGUGCGCUUCAUCAAGGCCUACAAGGAUGCAGUGGAAGAAAACGACAUGAGGAAAAAGCAGGAGGAAGCAAUAAGAGAGAAGCUGCUCGCUCAGGAGGCUAAGCAGCAGGACCCCAAGGUCCAGGCCCAAAAGAAGAGGCACCAGCAGCAGGAGCUCAUUGCAGAGCUGCGCAGGCGGCAAGCCAAAGACCACCGGCCCGUGUACGAGGGCAAAGAUGGCGCUAUUGAGGACAUCAUCACAGUCCUGAAGAGCGUGCCCUUCACAGCUCGCACUGCUAAACGCGGCUCACGGUUCUUCUGUGAAGCCAACCUCUGCGACGACGCCAACUGCUAGCCCCUCCCCCCUCUUCCUAACGGCAAGGUUAUCCAGAUCUGCGAAACCAGCCCUUCCUGCGAGCUGACGCACUGAUCCGGAGCGGUUGGAAGAGACCUUAAACCACUUAUCCAUCACUUACUGCUUCCCUCAUAACCCUCGCCCCCCUGUGUGUCUGUGGUCAACCCCAGCGGCUGCAGAUGAAGGAGGAACGGGAUGGAAACCUUCUUUUUUUUGGCUGCUUAAUUUAUUUAUUUAUGGAGGCCCUUUCUAGCCACCGUCAGGGGAGCGUGCGUCAUUACAGAAGCACGGCCAGGGCUUUUCUUCGGACUUCUUUUGGGAAUACUGGGAGAAUCCUGCAGCACGGGGAGAAUGGGAGAGACGGGCUGAAGGGAGGGGUGGCCCUUCGUCCGUCCUGAACCUCAGCUUUAGAGGCCGGACUCAGGACUGGGAGGCAGCUGAGAAAAGUGGA